CUACAACGCUCGGAACAGGCACCUUUAGAAAGUUUUAUUACAGUUCCCGGCAGCCCAUGAUUGCUCCCCAAGGCUGCUGAGAGAUGGGAAUCACUGGGCUCUGAGUCAGGAUACUGGGCCUCUGGCCAGCUCAGCACCCGCUCCUUGCAACCUCAGGCAACCAAGCCCUUCCUCUCUUCUGGGUCACGGGUUUUCCAAAUAAAACCAAGUGCGUCCCUUUAUUCUUAGGGACCUACAGUUUCCAGCUACCUACUGGGCCCCUUAAUCCUUGCUCCACCCUCAUCCCUUCAUAGGCUUUUCUUGCAGCUCCGAACCUGCUGGAAAUUUUUCUGUCAUCGAACCCCUGGACUGGGUUUUGCCACAGUUCAGAGUCCCCUUUUCUCUCCCUCUGGCCAGCUCUGAUUUAAUCCUCAGAAGCAGGCUUUAAUGCCGUUAUCUCUGGAAAGCAGGUCUCUUUCCUUCAGUCUCUUCUGCCUUGGUGCUUUUGUCAGGCUGCAUGUACCUCGGGCUGUCUGUGUCCACUCGGAGUCCGGGUUCAGGGUCUCCAGGACCCCGGUUUGGAGCACGGGUGGCGGGCUAGCAUCUUCUUUGAAACGGGCCGGGCGCUGCGGGGUUAAGGACCCGAGCCUGGAGGCCCCGCCUGCGGAGCGCGCCAGCGGGUGAAGGGGAGGCCGCCCCGGAGUCUCCAAUCCCGGGCCCCUCGUAUCACCCCAGACACGAACAGGAGCCCCUCCGAGGUGAACGCCUUGGUGGGCCAGGGGCGUAGACCAGAGGCGGCUCUCGCCACGUCCUCGUGGAGCGCUUCCCCGCGCGCCCGCUUGGUACCACCCGGGGAUUCCCCGCGCGGCGCGUGACGUCACGGGGUGUCCGCGAGGCCCCGCCCGGCCCACCCGGGCCGCGCCUUCCCCGACGGGAGCGCGCUCCGCGCGGGCGGGAGGCCGCGGCCAUGGCGGGGUCCGAGGGCCUCAGCGUCCUGGGCGCCCCAGCCAUCCUCUGGAAACUCCACAUCGUGCGACAGCUGCGGCAGCGGGAUCGCACGCAAAAGGCGCUCUUUCAGGAGCUGGUGCCGGCCUACAACCAUCUCCUAGAGAAGGCUGAGCUGCUGGCCACGUUCUCAGAGAAGCUGCAGCUGGAGCCCAGUGAGGCCACGCCUGCCCCCCACAAGGGCUCCUGGGAGGAGGAGUCAAGGCCUGACUCAGCCGGGGUCUCAUCACCAGCCACUCUGAAGGAGAAGUGGCAGGAAGAGGAGGAGGGGCUCCGGCUGGUCUGUGGUGAGAUGGCCUACCAGGUGGUGGAGAAGAGCGCAGCUCUGAGCACCCAGCAAUUGCAGCUGGAGGAGCGGCAAGACAGGCUGGCGGCUCUGGAGGCCCGAGUGGUGCAGCUACAAGAGGCGCGGGCGCAGCAGGCUCGGCAGGUGGAAGAGCAGCGGGUGAAGAACGUGGCGCAGCGGGCGGCCUACGAGGACCUGCGUGUGCGCACCGGGGACCAGGAGGCGGCGCUGCGCAGGCUCCAGGAGGAGGCCAGCUACGUGCUGGAGGGGCUAGUGCAGCUCAAGGCACGGGCUGCCACCGAGCGCAACCUACGCCUCGAGCGCCGGGAGCGGGCCAACCAGGCUCGAGUGUCCCAGGAGCUGAAGAAGGCUGCCAAGCGGACUGUGAGCAUCAGCGAGGUCCCAGACUCCCUAGGCAAAGGGAUCAGGGAGGGCACAGAGACUCUGGCCCUGGCUGGUGAGCCGGACUCCCUGGAGAGUGAGGCUUGUGAGAAGUGGAAGAGGCCCUUCAGGUCUGCCUCGGCCACUUCUCUGACACUGUCCCGCUGUGUGGAUGUGGUGAAGGGGCUGCUGGAUUUUAAAAAGAGGAGAGGUCACUCAAUUGGCGGUGUCCCUGAGCAGCGAUACCAAAGCAUCCCUGUGUGUGUGGCUGCCCGGCUUCCUGUCCAGGUUCAGGAUGUUCUGGAUGCCCACCUUUCUGAGGUCAAUGCUGUUUGUUUUGGCCCUAACAGCAGCCUCCUGGCCACUGGCGGGGCUGACCGCCUCAUCCACCUCUGGAAUGUCGUGGGAGGACGCCUGGAGGCCAACCAGACCCUCGAGGGAGCUGGUGGCAGCAUUACCAGUGUGGACAUGGACCCCUCGGGCUCCCAGGUUUUAGCAGCUACUUACAACCAGGCUGCCCAGCUCUGGAAGGUGGGGGAGGCACAUUCCAAGGAGACACUGUCUGGACACAAGGACAAGGUUACGGCUGCCAAAUUCAAGCUGACGAGGCACCAGGCGGUGACUGGGAGUCGAGACCGCACAGUGAAGGAGUGGGAUCUUGGACGAGCCUACUGUUCCAGGACUAUCAAUGUCCUUUCCUACUGCAAUGACGUGGUGUGUGGGGACCACAUCAUCAUUAGUGGCCACAAUGACCAGAAGAUCCGGUUCUGGGACAGCAGGGGGCCCUGCUGCACCCAGGUCAUCCCUGUGCAGAGCCGGGUCACCUCCCUGAGCCUCAGCCAUGAUCAGCUGCAUCUGCUCAGCUGUUCCCGUGAUGACACACUCAAGGUCAUCGACCUGCGUGUCAGCAAUAUCCGCCAGGUGUUCAGGGCUGAUGGCUUCAAGUGUGGCUCUGACUGGACCAAAGCUGUGUUCAGUCCUGACAGACGCUAUGCAGUGGCAGGCUCCUGGGAUGGAGCCCUUUACAUCUGGGAUGUGGACACUGGGAAACUGGAGAGCACUCUUCGGGGUCCCCACUGGAUUGUUAGGAGACUGCUUAGGUGAUCUAGAAGAGGUGCCAGGAAAUGAUGCGACUCACUCCUGGGGACAGCGGCUCCUCCACUCCCGCGGCUUUCCUUCCACCUCUGACCACACAGCUGUUGAGGUGCAGCUGCCUUCUCCCAGGGAGCACACAUUAUUUGCCGGUGCUUUUUGGAGGAGCAGAUCUGGAAGGUGAGAGACAGGCUGAGGCUCUCCGGGGAGUGAGGUGGGCUGGAGGAAGAGAGGCCAACAGGGGAACAUGGUUGAGGCAGGCCGACCUCCUUCUGGUUUCUUCAUUAGAGGAGUCUAGUGCUAGCAACUGUGCCAGGCUGUUGAGAGUCAGUGCUCAGGGCACCAGGCUUGGUGGCACACACCUGUAACCCCAGCACUUGGGAGAGGCUGAGGCAGGAGGAUCAUUGCAAGUUUGA